AUGGAGAACUCAUCUGAGGUAACUUCCCUAAUUUUGACAGCCUAUGAUGAUCUUGGAAAAAUGAAAUAUUUUUACUUCAGCUGCAUACUUCUUCUGUAUCUCACAAUUGUUUUUGCAAACAUUACUCUCAUUUCAUUGAUAUUUGUGGACAGUAGCCUUCAUGAACCCAUGUAUCUGUUUCUGUGUAAUUUAUUUGUAAAUGAAUUGUAUGGAAGCACUGCCUUUUUUCCUGUGGUUUUAUUUUUAGCUUCAUCAGACACUCGUGAAAUGUCCAGAAUUUAUUGCAGUUUGCAGGUGUUUUGCUUGUACACAUAUGGGACAACAGAAAUAUAUAAUUUAGCUGUUAUGUCUUAUGACAGGUAUUUGUCCAUCUGCCAUCCAUUACAUUACAGCAGUAGGAUGAAUCCUUGCAAAGUGUACGCAUUAAUUCUGUUCACCUGGUUUUUUUCAUUGAUCAAAUGUGCAGUUGUUGUGGCCUUACAGUUACGGCUACCACUGUGUGGGAAUAUUGUACACAAAUUGUAUUGUACCAACUAUGGUUUGGUCAAGCUUUCUUGCUCAGACACAACUAUUAACAACAUUUACGGAGUUUUCAGUACAUUACUGAGUGUGGCUGUCCCUUUCAUCCCUAUUUUAUAUUCCUAUUCAAAUAUCAUACAAAUCUGUUUUAAAUCAUCCAAAGAAGCUCAGGCCAAAGCUUUAAGCACGUGUAUUCCUCAAGUAAUAUCAUUUGUGAGCUUCUCAAUUUGCGGGUUCUUUGAAGUUGUCCAAAACCGAUUUGACAUGAAAUUUGUUCCAAAAGUAAUUCUGAAUGCUUUUACUGUGUACUUAUUGGCAUGUCCUCAAAUUCUUAAUCCAGUCAUGUAUGGAGUCAGGCUGACAAAAAUAAGGAAUGCUUUUAGAAGAAAGUUCUUUCCUAACAGGGGCAGUGAGUCCCUUGCUGCCGGUCUGAUCCGUGCAUCCUCCUUGCCCACUGGCACUGGAUUCUUCUUUGUGGAAAGGAAGGACAAGUCUCUCCUUCCCUGCAUUGACUACGGUGGGCUGAACGACAUCAUGGUUCAGAACCACUACCCCAUCCCACUGAUCUCCUCUGCUUUCUCCUCCCUGCAAAAUUGA